UUUUUGUGGCUACGGCCACUGCAUCUUAAUCUGUCCAAAGCAGCGUUUGUCAUUUGUCAUAUUUGGAUUGUAAGCCGAUUGAAGCACUGUUCUCAGCUCUCGUCUUUUCCACUCAAAGAACUGUUUUUAAUCAAGGACAUUUGACAUAGAAAGCGGGGAACACAUUUUUCAAGUUUUAACCGGCUGAAGUUUUUUUUUCGUGAUAUGUAAAUUCUGUUUUAAUUUCGACAGAAGACUCAACAGUGCAUGGAGUGUAUAUUAACGGCAAAAAAUUGUGAUUGACAAGUGGCCGGCUGCUUAAUUCGAUGAAACAGAGGCAUAAGAUGAAACAUUAUUGGUGAAUUACCAGAAGAGCUCCCUUGAUUACACCUUGACUAUUACAAUUCGUUUUGAUGUACGUUACGUGUGUCAAAGCCAUUAUCAAAUGAAUGUCGAGAUACGAUUCGUCUUAUCUACCACGGAAUCUCGCCUGUCGGUUUAUAGCAUGCCUCAAAUCAUUCCGUAUUAAAUAUGUUUAAAAUACGGUCUUUUCCUCUGUAGAGACGAGAACCCGAAAUUCUCAGACGCGCUCUGUCCACCAUUGUUUUUAGGGUGUAAGAAAACAGCGGGUUUAAAUAUAUAUCUUCAAUGAUUUUAACGAAUUAAUUAUCACGAUUAAAUCAAGAUUCGGCGGGGAUUAAAAUUUCAGCGAGAGUUAAGGGGUUUAACGAAGAUCGGCGGUAGGCAGUUAUAGAGUAAUCGGGCUGCUCCCUAGUCAUACUGCUAAAUGAUACAGUUAACUUUAACAAUAACAUGUAAGUAAAAGAUAUACAAACCAAACGGAUAUCGUCACUAAAAAAAUAAUUUUCAUUGUUGAUAUUCGCGAUUUGAUAUCGGGAUACUUUUCGUCACGUGACCUGUCUUGGCUAUUUAAAUACUUUGAGAAAGUACACACAUGGAACUGUUCGGAUGAUGAUUCGGGAUGUUUGAUCAUUCAUGACAUAUCGCUUUUUUAUUUUUAUUUAAAUAAAACACACAGGUGCGCUCGGACUUGCAUUAAGUGUGGUAACAAAUAAGCUGUGUACAUAGUAAAAAAAUGUAAGGAGUGUGGAAGGAGAAUUUCGUGGCAUGAGAAUCUAGUUUGGAUUAAGACCAUUUCUCCGAGGAUCUGAGAAAGAAGAAAACAAGAUGAUGGACGGACCCUCAGCCUCCGUAUAUUGUACUGACCCUUAGUGAUUCGGUUUUUUCUUUAUGUAUUCGUGUAUACUCCUUCAAGAAUGUACAAAUUUGUGUGGAUUAUAACCUGUUUAGUUGUGUUUCUGACUGUGAUCUCCAAAGGAGGGAACCCCUCGCUGACUCGCUCUGACAUCCAGGCCCAGGGAAAGAAUUUGUUCCGGGCUUUAAGUAACUCUAACUGUAAAAUCGACUGUUCCCGGAAGAAGAACCGGCCGGUGUGCGGGUCAGACGGCGUGACGUACAAAAACAGGUGUGAACUCAAGCGUGCCAAAAGGUGUGACAAGAAAAAGGUCAAGGUCAAACGGAAAGGACCGUGUUCACCCUCAGAAGCUGACAGUUCUAAUAGCGACUGUGUACGAGAGAGGAACGAGGCUCUAGAAAUCGCCCGGCGACCUACUUUUGGGGUGUACAUACCGGAGUGCAAGCAAGAUGGUACGUACACGGAGAGACAAUGCCAUGUUACAAGUGGUUUUUGUUGGUGUGUGACCCCCGACGGAAAACCAAUCGAGGGGACACCCGUGCACGGGAGAGACCCGGCCUGUAGAGGAUCUAAGAAACGUAGGCAGCCCAGACGUGACCGGGGCAAAUCUAAAUCUAAAUCUAAAAAGAAAAAACGAAGGAAAAGUUGCAAAACGGCAGACAAGCAGAAGUUUAACCAGAACAUAGUGCAGGUUUUUACAGAUGAAUACAAGAGGGCAGUGGUCGAUCCUGUUGCUCUUUCAUCUGACAAAGACAAAACACUUGCACAGAAAGUGAUUGAGUGGAAGUUUAAUCAACUUGAUUCGAACAAAGACGAUAUUUUAAAGCGUAGAGAAACACGGACUAUUAAACGCAUGGUGCGGAAGUUGAUACAACCCAAAGCAUGCGCGCGCAGGUUUUUGGAGUAUUGUGACUCUGACAGAGAUCGAAUGAUUCAGCGGAAGGAAUGGACCUUCUGUCUCAACACCAACGCCAACAGUAUUUCCCGUCGAAUUUUUUACUCCUUGACGACAGACCCAAAUGAGAAGAAAACAGACAACGACGAUCAGGAUGACUCCUCUCCUAAAGUCCAGAAGGCCAUCAUUGGGGGCCAGGGGAUUUCCCGGCCUGGCCUCAGUCCGCAACACCCCAACAUUGCUGACUCGAGACCAGACACGGAAGUCAUUAGAAAGAGUUGUUUGGAAGAGCAAGCAUCCUCCCUCAGUCAGCAAUCAGUGGAUCCAAACGGCGGUAUAUAUAUACCGCAGUGUACUCCUGAUGGCAAAUUCAAUAUUGUACAAUGCCACAAGUACUGUUGGUGUGCCGACCAAGAGACGGGCACGCCACUCAAAGGGAUAAAGGCCAUCUUAGCCAGCAAGGGGCCUCCAAACUGCAAUAUCACCGCGGAGCGUGCAAUGCCUGGUUGUCCAUUUAUCAAGAAAGCCAGAUUCUUAACCAGUUUGUUGAAUAUGUUUGUGUCAGAAAUGCAGAACGAUUCCAUGGCUAGUCAAAAAAACACAAACGACAAAGAGAAUGCCUACGAAAAUGCGGCAAGAUGGAAAUUCACCAAUCUUGAUAAAAACAAGAACAUGAAUUUAGACAGGAGGGAAGUGAAACAAUUUCGUAAACUUAUUCCUAAGCAGAAAAACACUAGAAAGUGCAGCCGGACUUUCCUCCGAUAUUGUGACGAAAACACCAACAAGAAAAUAUCGUUAGACGAAUGGUUGAGUUGCACAAAAUUAAGUGACUAUGGCUUAAUUGUUUCAGAGAGUCCACCACGAAAAGGUAAAAAUCCUCUAAGAGAAUACUUAAAGCCGAGUUAGGAUAGAAAUGUCGCCCAAAUCGAGACAGGGUCAGUAUAUGGCGAUGUUCUUCAGUGACGCCCCGUGACUUCAGUGGAAUUAUGGUCGCUUCAGUUCGGCCGGCGUAUUCCUAACCGCGGACUGACGUCUUUAAAUAAAUCACGUGAUCUCAGAAAGCCAACGUAAUUGUGACAACCUGCAACGUUGCUAAGGAAGCCGAUGACGUUUGCAGCUAUGUCUUCAUAGUCCCAGGAACAAGUAUUAGUUAGUGAAAUAUCAACUCCAAUCAAUGUCUAAUUUGUUGAUCAUUUUCAUCGUGUGUUCUACUCAUUUUUAUUUCGUGUAAAGUGCAGCAUUCAUUUUAAGGAAUAUGAGUUCUAAAGAUUCUUGAUGCGAAUUCGACGGAGGAUAUUGUGUCGCUAUUGAAGAAAUUGUCAAUACUUGUCGUAUCUGUGAUGCAAAAUUAAUAGCAAAACUUUCAAGGGAAUAAAAUCAUGAGUAAAAAAAACUACAUUGUACAUGUAUGUCCAUGUAACGAAACUGAUACGAUAUCAAGAACUACAUAUUAUGGACGAAUUCUUGGCUGUCAGAUUUUAAACUUUACAUUGUGAAUGACUGGUACGGUCGUUUGCUUUUUUGCUUGUUCACUUGAAUAUUUAUUAUUCAAACCACAAGAACCCCAUGCAUCAUCUAAUUGACAAUUAUGUAACAUAUGUAAGUUUAUGUAUGUUUUGUGUUUUAUUGUACGACGCGAUGCAGAGAAAUAGGCCGUUCUGAGGCCAUAGCUUCAGGACGACUCUGGGUCGUUUUUCUGUUCUGUUAUUUAUAUUCAUGUAUUUAAUGAUAUAUCUUGUUAAUGAUGCACACAUUUGUACAGGCUUGUCUCUUUUAUGUUAUUGAGUCGUUCAAACAAUGUUUCAUGUUUUUAUCAAAAUAUACUUAACUAAUUUAAUAAAUACAUUGACUGAAAA